AUGGGGACUCUCACAGGACUCCUAUUCCUUAUAGCUGCCUUGGCAACCCACGGUCUAGCUCAAUAUUUCAACAAGACAUUCCACAAUCCUAUUCUGCCUGGCUGGAAUUCAGACCCCAGCUGCACUUUCAUUCACGAGUGGGACGACACGUUCUUCUGCACAACCUCUUCGUUCAUGUCUGUGCCGGGGGCCCCAAUCUAUGCCAGCAAAGAUCUCGUCAACUGGAGAUUAGUGAGCCAUGCCUUCACCAGAGAAGAGCAGCUGCCAGAACUAGCGACAAAUCCGACACAGCUAGGAGGCAUUUGGGCUUCCACCCUUCGUUUCAACGAGGGCACGCUUUACUUGAUCACGGCCUAUUUGUCAUGGGCUGAUGACAAUCCUCGCGGUGGGCAGACAAUCUCAAAGAUCAAGAUCUUUAGAACGACUGAUCCAUACAAUGACGCCACUUGGUCCAACGCCCUCGAGAUCGAAAAUCACGCGAACAUGAUUGACCCAGAUCUUUUCUGGGAUACUGGAAAGGCUUACAUGCUCCAGGCGGAGGACUACCUUAGCGAGAUCGACAUUAACACUGGCAAAGCGACCGAGGCUGUCAAGGUGUGGAACGGUACUGGAGGCUUUUCGCCUGAAGGGCCACACUUUUACCACAAAGAUGGCUACUAUUACAUUAUGCAAGCUGAGGGAGGCACGGAGAGCAAUCACUCGGAAGUCAUUGCUCGCUCCAAGUCCCUCGCUGGUCCUUAUACGGCGUUUAAAAGCAACCCGAUCCUCACAAACAGGGCCACGAACCAGUAUUUCCAGGAUGUGGGACACGCAGAUCUUUUCCAAGAUGCAUCGGGCAAUUGGUGGGGUGUCGCGCUAGCGGUCCGAGGUGGCUCGUCGGAUAUCAUUCCUAUGAACCGCGAGACAGUGCUAUUCGCGGCGACGUGGGACAAGGGCGAGUGGCCAAUUCUUGAACCCGUGCGGGGGAAUAUGUCUGGACGUCUACCCCCCAGGAACCGCGAUAUCGCUGGCAACGGCCACUGGGUUGGUGAUCCAGAUAUUGUCGAUUUCCCGCAUGGCUCCUCCAUGCCACAACACUUUAUCUACUGGCGUCGACGGGAUGAUACCUUGUUCACUAUCUCGCCAAAAUCUCGUCCUAAUUCACUACAAGUAUCGCCAUCCAAUAUAAAUCUUACGGGCUUCACUGGAUAUGACGUCGCAAAGAACAGCCUUGCCUUUGUCGCGCGCAAACAGUCAGCGACGCUCUUCAAUUACACCGUUGACCUGUCCUUCAACCCCAAGGUCAGAGAGGAAGAAGCUGGAAUUUCCCUGUUUUUGAACCAGUUCCAACACAUGGACUUGGGCAUUGUGAACCUCGCAAGAAGUGGCGCAAAAGGUCUCUUACCACACAUCAGAUUCAGGGUUGAGGCGAGCGGUAAGCCUGACACUAAAGUGCCCGAGACAGUCAUCUUGCCCGUACCCAAGGACUGGCUCCCGCAGCCCAUCCGGCUAUAUAUCUCUGCAAUCAGCGACACCCAGUAUGUAUUUGGUGUAAGCCCAGCAAAUAGGCCCGACGAGUAUAUGCGGAUCACUUCUGUGAGUGGGGAAAUUGUUACCGGUGGCUUGAGCCCUUUUACAGGUUCACUGCUCGGUGUAUACGCCACAAACAACGGGGGUGAAGGCAGAACCGCAGCCUUCUUCAGCCGCUGGAGAUAUCUGCCUGUGGCGCAGCAAAUUGACUAUGAUACUUACAUCUAA